AAUUGAGAUGGGCUGUGGAAAGGGGAACAGUUAAAUUUGUAAUUUGGGUUGUGUGAAAACUUCUUUGGGCCUCAUAAACAACCACAGAACCACAAGUUGGGUAGCCUGGCAGUGUCAGAAGUCUGAACCCAGCAUAGUGGUCAGCAGGCAGGACGAAUCACACUGAAUGCAAACCACAGGGUUUCGCAGCGUGGUAAAAGAAAUCAUUGAGUCCCCCGCCUUCAGAAGAGGGUGCAUUUUCAGGAGGAAGCGAUGGCUUCAGACAGCAUAUUUGAGUCAUUUCCUUCGUACCCACAGUGCUUCAUGAGAGAUGCCAGCACGAGCCGCCGCUUCACGCCGCCUUCCACCGCGCUGAGCCCAGGCAAGAUGAGCGAGGCGUUGCCGCUGGGCGCCCCGGACGCCGGCGCUGCCCUGGCCGGCAAGCUGAGGAGCGGCGACCGCAGCAUGGUGGAGGUGCUGGCCGACCACCCGGGCGAGCUGGUGCGCACCGACAGCCCCAACUUCCUCUGCUCCGUGCUGCCUACGCACUGGCGCUGCAACAAGACCCUGCCCAUCGCUUUCAAGGUGGUGGCCCUAGGGGAUGUUCCAGAUGGCACUCUGGUCACUGUGAUGGCCGGCAAUGAUGAAAACUACUCGGCUGAGCUGAGAAAUGCUACCGCAGCCAUGAAGAACCAGGUUGCAAGAUUUAAUGACCUCAGGUUUGUCGGUCGAAGUGGAAGAGGGAAAAGCUUCACUCUGACCAUCACUGUCUUCACAAACCCACCGCAAGUCGCCACCUACCACAGAGCCAUCAAAAUCACAGUGGAUGGGCCCCGAGAACCUCGAAGACAUCGGCAGAAACUAGAUGAUCAGACCAAGCCCGGGAGCUUGUCCUUUUCCGAGCGGCUCAGUGAACUGGAGCAGCUGCGGCGCACAGCCAUGAGGGUCAGCCCACACCACCCAGCCCCCACGCCCAACCCUCGUGCCUCCCUGAACCACUCCACUGCCUUUAACCCUCAGCCUCAGAGUCAGAUGCAGGAUACAAGGCAGAUCCAACCAUCCCCACCGUGGUCCUACGAUCAGUCCUACCAAUACCUGGGAUCCAUUGCCUCUCCUUCUGUGCACCCAGCAACGCCCAUUUCACCUGGACGUGCCAGCGGCAUGACAACCCUCUCUGCAGAACUUUCCAGUCGACUCUCAACGGCACCCGACCUGACGGCGUUCAGCGACCCGCGCCAGUUCCCCGCGCUGCCCUCCAUCUCCGACCCCCGCAUGCACUAUCCAGGCGCCUUCACCUACUCCCCGACGCCGGUCACCUCGGGCAUCGGCAUCGGCAUGUCGGCCAUGGGCUCGGCCACGCGCUACCACACCUACCUGCCGCCGCCCUACCCCGGCUCGUCGCAAGCGCAGGGAGGCCCGUUCCAAGCCAGCUCGCCCUCCUACCACCUGUACUACGGCGCCUCGGCCGGCUCCUACCAGUUCUCCAUGGUGGGCGGCGAGCGCUCGCCGCCGCGCAUCCUGCCGCCCUGCACCAACGCCUCCACCGGCUCCGCGCUGCUCAACCCCAGCCUCCCGAACCAGAGCGACGUGGUGGAGGCCGAGGGCAGCCACAGCAACUCCCCCACCAACAUGGCGCCCUCCGCGCGCCUGGAGGAGGCCGUGUGGAGGCCCUACUGAGGCGCCAGGCCCGGCCCGGCUGGGCCCCGCGGGCCGCCGCCUUCGCCUCCGGGCGCGCGGGCCUCCUGUUCGCGACAAGCCCGCCGGGAUCCCGGGCCCUGGGCCCGGCCACCGUCCUGGGGCCGAGGGCGCCCGACGGCCAGGAUCUCGCUGUAGGUCAGGCCCGCGCAGCCUCCUGCGCCCAGAAGCCCACGCCGCCGCCGUCUGCUGGCGCCCCGGCCCUCGCGGAGGUGUCCGAGCCGACGCACCUCGAGGGUGUCCACCGGCCCCAGCACCCAGGGGACGCGCUGGAAAGCAAACAGGAAGAUUCCCGGAGGGCAACUGUGAAUGCUUCUGAUUUAGCAAUGCUGUGAAUAAAAAGAAAGAUUUUAUACCCUUGACUUAACUUUUUAACCAAGUUGUUUAUUCCAAAGAGUGUGGAAUUUUGGUUGGGGUGGGGGGAGAGGAGGGAUGCAACUCGCCCUGUUUGGCAUCUAAUUCUUAUUUUUAAUUUUUCCGCACCUUAUCAAUUGCAAAAUGCGUAUUUGCAUUUGGGUGGUUUUUAUUUUUAUAUACGUUUAUAUAAAUAUAUAUAAAUUGAGCUUGCUUCUUUCUUGCUUUGACCAUGGAAAGAAAUAUGAUUCCCUUUUCUUUAAGUUUUAUUUAACUUUUCUUUUGGACUUUUGGGUAGUUGUUUUGUUUGUUUGUUUGUUUUUGUUUUUUUGAGAAACAGCUACAGCUUUGGGUCAUUUUUAACUACUGUAUUCCCACAAGGAAUCCCCAGAUAUUUAUGUAUCUUGAUGUUCAGACAUUUAUGUGUUGAUAAUUUUUUAAUUAUUUAAAUGUACUUAUAUUAAGAAAAAUAUCAAGUACUACAUUUUCUUUUGUUCUUGAUAGUAGCCAAAGUUAAAUGUAUCACAUUGAAGAAGGCUAGAAAAAAAGGAUGAGUAAUGUGAUCGCUUGGUUAUCCAGAAGUAUUGUUUACAUUAAACUCCCUUUCAUGUUAAUCAAACAAGUGAGUAGCUCACGCAGCAAUGUUUUUAAUAGGAUUUUUAGACACUGAGGGUCACUCCAAGGAUCAGAAGUAUGGAAUUUUCUGCCAGGCUCAACAAGGGUCUCAUAUCUAACUUCCUCCUUAAAACAGAGAAGGUCAAUCUAGUUCCAGAGGGUUGAGGCAGGUGCCAAUAAUUACAUCUUUGGAGAGGAUUUGAUUUCUGCCCAGGGAUUUGCUCACCCCAAGGUCAUCUGAUAAUUUCACAGAUGCUGUGUAACAGAACACAGCCAAAGUAAACUGUGUAGGGGAGCCACAUUUACAUAGGAACCAAAUCAAUGAAUUUAGGGGUCACGAUUAUAGCAGUUUAGGGGCCCACCAGAAGCAGGCCUCAAGGAGUCAAUUUGCCUCUGUGUGCCUCAGUGGAGACAAGUGGGAAAACAUGGUGCAAGACCCCCUGUCCUGUGCUGCUCACUCAACAACAUCUUUGUGUUGCUUUCACCAGGCUGAGACCCUACCCUAUGGGGUAUAUGGGCUUUUACCUGUGCACCAGUGUGACAGGAAAGAUUCAUGUCACUACUGUCCGUGGCUACAGUUCAAAGGUAUCCAAUGUCGCUGUAAAUUUUAUGGCACUAUUUUUAUUGGAGGAUUUGGUCAGAAUGCAGUUGUUGUACAACUCAUAAAUACUAACUGCUGAUUUUGACACAUGUGUGCUCCAAAUGAUCUGGUGGUUAUUUAACGUACCUCUUAAAAUUCAUUGAAACGAUUUCAGGUCAACUCUGAAGAGUAUUUGAAAGCAGGACUUCAGAACAGUGUUUGAUUUUUAUUUUAUAAAUUUUAAGCAUUCAAAUUAGGCAAAUCUUUGGCUGCAGGCAGCAAAAACAGCUGGACUUAUUUAAAACAACUUGUUUUUGAGUUUUCUUAUAUAUAUAUUGAUUAUUUGUUUUACACACAUGCAGUAGCACUUUGGUAAGAGUUAAAGAGUAAAGCAGCUUAUGUUGUCAGGUCGUUCUUAUCUAGAGAAGAGCUAUAGCAGAUCUCGGACAAACUCAGAAUAUAUUCACUUUCAUUUUUGACAGGAUUCCCUCCACAACUCAGUUUCAUAUAUUAUUCCGUAUUACAUUUUUGCAGCUAAAUUACCAUAAAAUGACAGCAAAUGUAAAAAUUUAAUUUCUGAAAAGCACCAUUAGCCCAUUUCCCCCAAAUUGAACGUAAAUGUUUUUUUCAGCACAUGUUGCCAUGUCUGACCUGCAAAAAUGCUGGAGAAAAAUGAAGGAAAAAAUUAUGUUUUUAAGUUUAAUUCUGUUACCUGAAGAUAUUCCAACUCAAAACCAGCCUCAUGCUCUGAUUAGAUAAUCUUUUACAUUGAACCUUUACUCUCAAAGCCAUGUGUGGAGAGGCCUUGUCACUAUUGUAGGCUCACUGGAUUGGUCAUUUAGAGUUUCACAGACUCUUACCAGCAUAUAUAGUAUUUAAUUGUUUCAAAAAAAAUCAAACCGUAGUUGUUUUGGCGAUAGGUCUCACGCAACACAUUUUUGUGUGUGUGUGUGUGUGCGUGUGUGUGUGUGUGUGAAAAGUUGCAUUCAUUGACUUCAGGUAGAUUAAGGUAUCUUUUUAUUCAUUGCCCUCAGGAAAGUUAAGGUAUCAAUGAGACCCUUAAGCCAAUCAUGUAAUAACUGCAUGUGUCUGGUCCAGGAGAAGUAUUGAAUAAGCCAUUUCUACUGCUUACUCAUGUCCCUAUUUAUGAUUUCAACAUGGAUACAUAUUUCAGUUCUUUCUGUUUUUCUCACUAUCUGAAAAUACAUUUCCCUCCCUCUCUUCCUCCCAAUAUCUCCCUCUUUUUCUCUCUUCCUCUAUCUUCCAAACCCCACUUUCUCCCUCCUCAUUUUCCUACGUUCUCUUAAGCAGAUAGCACAUACCCCCACCCAGUACCAAAUUUCAGAACACAAGAAGGUCCAGUUCUUCCCCCUUCACAUAAAGGAACAUGGUGAGUCAGCCUUUCUCCUGUUCAUGGGUUUCUUCCAGCAGAACAGAGACAUUGCCAACCAUAUUGGAUCUGCUUGCUGUCCAAACCAGCAAACUUUCCUGGGCAAAUCACAAUCAGUGAGUAAAUAGACAGCCUUUCUGCUGCCUUGGGUUUCUGUGCAGAUAAACAGAAAUGCUCUGAUUAGAAAGGAAAUGAAUGGUUCCACUCAAAUGUCCUGCAAUUUAGGAUUGCAGAUUUCUGCCUUGAAAUACCUGUUUCCUUGGGACAUUCCGUCCUGAUGAUUUUUAUUUUUGUUGGUUUUUAUUUUUGGGGGGAAUGACAUGUUUGGGUCUUUUAUACAUGAAAAUUUGUUUGACAAUAAUCUCACAAAACAUAUUUUACAUCUGAACAAAAUGCCUUUUUGUUUACCCUAGCGUAUACAUUUGUUUUGGGAUUUUUGUGUGUUUGUUGGGAAUUUUGUUUUUAGCCAGGUCAGUAUUGAUGAGGCUGAUCAUUUGGCUCUUUUUUUCCUUCCAGAAGAGUUGCAUCAACAAAGUUAAUUGUAUUUAUGUAUGUAAAUAGAUUUUAAGCUUCAUUAUAAAAUAUUGUUAAUGCCUAUAACUUUUUUUCAAUUUUUUUGUGUGUGUUUCUAAGGACUUUUUCUUAGGUUUGCUAAAUACUGUAGGGACAAAAAUGCUUCUUUCUACUUUGUUUAUUUUAGACUUUAAAAUGAGCUACUUCUUAUUCACUUUUGUAAACAGCUAAUAGCAUGGUUCCAAUUUUUUUUAAGUUCACUUUUUUUGUUCUAGGGGAAAUGAAUGUGCAAAAAAAGAAAAAGAACUGUUGGUUAUUUGUGUUAUUCUGGAUGUAUAAAAAUCAAUGGAAAAAAAUAAACUUUCAAAUUGAAAUGAUGGUAUAACACAUCUACUGAAAAAGCAACGGGAAAUGUGGUCCUAUUUAAACCAGCCCCCACCUAGGGUCUAUUCGUGUGGCAAUUAUUGGGUUUGGUCACAAAACAUCCUGAAAAUUCGUGCGUGGGCUUCUUUCUCCCUGGUACAAACGUAUCGAAUGCUUCCUAAAGGGAAACUGUCAAGCUGGUGUCUUCAGCCAGAUGACAUGAGAGAAUAUCCCAGAACCCUCUCUCCAAGGUGUUUCUAGAUAGCACAGGAGAGCAGGCACUGCACUGUCCACAGUCCACGGUACACAGUCGGGUGGGCCGCCUCCCCUCUCCUGGGAGCAUUCGUCGUGCCCAGCCUGAGCAGGGCAGCUGGACUGCUGCUGUUCAGGAGCCACCAGAGCCUUCCUCUCUUUGUACCACAGUUUCUUCUGUAAAUCCAGUGUUAUAAUCAGUGUGAAUGGCAAAUAAACAGUUUGACAAGUA